AUGACCCCCGGUCCCACGAAUGUGGAGCUGCCUAGCGCUGCCCACCAUGGCCAAUGGCCAUUGAAUCUUCAGUUGGGGACCCCCCUUAACCUCUCGUCCACUCCCGUUAGGGGAAAGGUGUACCAGGCAAAGGGCACCUACGACUACACAUUGUGGUAUGGAGAUAAGAGUGGCGCAGACAAGGCCAUUAACUUCAUACUUGUUGAGGCGAAAAAGCUUGACCUUGCUAGCCAAGGCGACGACUAG